AGCAGAUACUCGUGUGGAUGCAGGAUGAGACCCACAGCCGCUUUCCUCCUGUGCGGUGUGCUGCCAAGCUUUGCACUGCCUGCUCCGAACUCUGUUGCAUAUCUUGGAAGCAUAAGGCACAGAAGAAGUUACCCAGAUCACAUGGAACAGCAUGAGAAAACGGCGAUGGACCUGAUUAUAGAGGCCAAUGAUAAUCAAGAUGAUCAUGCAGUGGACGGAGUCAGUCUCAGGGAGGGUGACAUUGCUGUUUCCAGGACUCAGAGGAGCUGUUUUGGCAGGAGCUGUUUGUGGUCCAAAUCUGUGGAUGGAAAUGCGUAUAUAGCCUAUACGCUCUCCGACGAGUACAAUGACAAGGAUCGGAGGACUAUAAAGAGAGGCAUGGAGCUUAUUGAGAGUGGCACUUGUGUGCGCUUUGUACCCCGAACACACCAGAGAGACUUCCUGGAAAUCCAGCCCAAAUCAGGGUGCUGGUCAUUCCUGGGGGCAAGUGGUGGGAAGCAGACCCUCUCCCUACAGAACCCUGACUGCAUGACCGCUGGUGUGGCUUCCCACCAGUUGCUGCAUGCACUGGGCUUAGUGCACGAGCAGUCACGUGCUGACCGGGACAAAUACGUCACCAUCAUAUGGUCAAACAUCUGGAAGGAUCAUUUGAGGAACUUUGAGAAGUUCAAAACAAACAACCUGGACACCCCAUAUGACUAUGGCUCCAUCAUGCACUUUGGAAAGUACUCCUACUCCGAGGAUGGUGAGCCUACUGUUGUACCAAAGCGGCACUGGAAUGUUAAGCUGGGGCAGAGAUUUGGUCCCAGUGAACUGGACAUCAUGAAAAUAAAUAAACUCUACAAAUGUACUUAGGAAUGAAGCUAAUCUUUGGAAGAUUUCUGUAUGAUGGACCCAAAGUUGAUCAUGUACCUAAUGUACAUCUAUACUCUAAACAUUAGUGCUCCAGUAUAAUGUACAUCUAUACUCAAACAUUAAUACUCUAUUAUAAUGUACAUUUAUAUUCUAGACUUUAGUGCUCUGAACAUAAUGUACAUCUAUAAACUUACCCCUAUCUACUUGUAUUUGUUUUUCUCACUCAGUGCUCGUGUUGCUUUUUCCAGUGAUGAAACUGGAACCUGUAAUAAUCUAAAUGUUUGCUCUGUGACACUUAUUAAUCUUAACACCUUACACUGAUAUAUUUGUACUUAUUGCCUAUAUUAAUAAA